AUGUCGAUGCAAAGUGGAAGCUUCAGAUUUUUGAACCUCAUCAAGCCGGUGAUGUGUGUUUUGCCGGAAGUGGAAGCUCCAGACCGCCGUAUUCCGUUCAAGGAGAAGGUGUUGUGGACCUCCAUCAGUCUCUUCGUCUUCUUAGUGUGUUGCCAGAUUCCUCUCUAUGGUGUCCUCACCUCCAAGAGUUCAGAUCCGUUCUACUGGAUGCGAGUGAUCUUAGCCUCCAACCGAGGGACCCUGAUGGAGCUGGGUAUCUCUCCGAUCAUCACAUCUGGCAUGGUAAUGCAGCUCUUAGCUGGAAGUAGGAUCAUUGAUGUGGAUCAGACGCUGAAGGAGGAUCGCGCCCUGUUUCAUGGCGCACAGAAGUUGUUCGGAAUGCUGAUCACCAUGGGAGAGGCCGUGGCCUACGUCAUGAGCGGCAUGUAUGGCAGCCUUCGUGAGAUUGGGGCAACCUGUGCCAUUUUGAUCAUUAUGCAGCUCUUCUUCGCGGGAAUUGUGGUGAUCUUGUUGGAUGAACUCAUGCAGAAGGGAUAUGGAAUCGGCUCCGGGAUCUCCUUGUUCAUUGCCACCAACAUCUGCGAGAGCAUCAUUUGGAAGGCCUUUUCUCCUACCACCAUGAACACAGGGAAAGGUACUGAGUUUGAAGGUGCCAUUGUCGCCACGUUCCACUUCAUGGCGUCCAGGAGCGACAAACUCAUCGCCUUGAAAGAAGCCUUCUAUCGCCAAUCGGCCCCGAACCUCACGAACCUCUUUGCCACGGUCUUGGUCUUCUUCGUGGUUAUCUAUUUCCAAGGUUUCAAAGUGGACUUACCUGUGAAGUAUCAGAAGGUUCGUGGACAGCAGGGUUCCUAUCCCAUCAAGCUCUUCUACACCUCCAACAUUCCCAUCAUCCUGCAGACGGCACUGGUGUCCAACCUGUACUUCUUGUCGCAGUUGCUCUACAGGCGCUUCAAGUCCAACAUGCUGGUAAACCUGCUGGGUCAGUGGCAGGAAGCAGAUUUCGGUGGCCAGUCUAUCCCAGUGGGCGGCUUUGCAUACUACAUCUCUCCGCCCAACAGCGUCUCAAACAUCUGGGAGGAUCCGCUCCAUGCUCUGAUUUACGUGUCCUUUGUGCUCAUUUCCUGCGCUCUGUUCUCCAAGUUCUGGAUUGAGGUGUCCGGUUCAUCUCCUCGAGAUGUGGCGAAACAGCUGAGAGAUAACUCCAUGGUCUUCAAAGGUCACCGAGAAGAGUCUUUGUAG